AUGGUGGUCGGGCUGUUACUCCACACCUUUGCGCCGCUUAUCAUUUUGCUACGCAGAAAUGAAGAGCUCUUCGGGUCUCGAGUAGCACUGCCCACCUCGUAUAGGUCAGGUUCUCGGCAUCAAAUGACCUCAUCAGGCCAGAUACCGCGAAUCCUGCACCAAACCGCCGCGACCGAGACGAUUCCAAACAAGUGGAUGGAGUCGCAGAAGAGUUGCAAAGAGGCCUAUUCAGACUUUGAAUACAAGCUAUGGACCGAUGAGUCAGCUCGAAACUUCAUCUCUAUCGAAUAUCCCUGGUUCGUGGAUACCUGGGAUGCCUACGCCUUUCCAAUUCAGCGUGCAGAUGCUCUACGCUAUUUCGUUUUGUAUCAUUAUGGUGGUGUCUACCUCGACAUGGACACCUGGUGCAAUCAGAGUUUCCCCCUUUACGAAAUUGAACGCAACACAUCGACACACUACGCCUUGUUUAAAUCAACAGUGCCGACCGGUGUGACCAACGACUUCAUGAUAACUUCCGCCCGGCAUCCACUUUAUGCCAAGGCAAUUGCCAAACUACCCAUCUAUCAUGCGAUAACUCGCCUCUGGGCUCGAUGGCAACCCUACAGUGCCAUCAUGAUAUCUGCUGGGCCCAUGUUCCUCACUCUGGUGAUAAAGGAAUACUUGCUUGAGCAGCCUUCGCUACCUUCGGCGCUAGUAGGGGUCAUCAAUGCAACGGAGUUAGCGCCGUACAUCACGGAUAUGGAGAGCGGCAGUUGGCAUCGAACAGACGCACAGGUGCUCAUGUGGAUUGGAAAAAGGAGAUGGACUUGGUUCCUCAUGGGAGCGACUGGGUUAGCUGCUGGAUUGUCCCUGUUUCACCGUCUACUGACGAUUGUGUUUGAUCGCGUGCUUCGCAAGGUUGAUUUUGAUUCCAGCAACCCGAAGGUGGCCAAGGAAUCAUGA